ACGAUUCGGGUCAGCCGCACGUUCUCGCGAGUGAAAAAAAAAAGAGGAGAAAAAAGGAACGAUACGCGGUGGCGUCAACGCGCGAUAUUCGGACACUCGGGAUCAUUCGUCCUGUUAUCGGCGAAAGGAGGGGUGAGGGAGACACUCGGAUGUGGCAAUCGUGUCCGGACGAUCGCGAACGGACGGUCUGUUGGCGGCUGCGGUCGCUGUCGCUCAUCGCGACGAGUUUGCCUCGUCAAAUGCAGCCGCGCCGAGGAAGCGGCUUGGCAAUUACGUCGCCGUCGACAAUGCCGAUGUCGUGUAGUCCUCUCGAUCGUUACCAUCGUUAUCGCCUCGCGAUCCAAAUCGGACGAUCGUGUUUUAAUCGAACCGGUUUUCGGCCGAUGUGUUCCCACAAGUUCACGUCGAAGUGGGAGCACAGCUGUCGUAGCUUUUAAAUAUUCGCGCGAAAGUUUGAACAGGAUCAUUUUCGUGUCUUGGGACAGUCGAGAUAUAAUUGGGAAAAAGACUCGAGAAAGAGAGAGAUAUUUAUGUACACGGAGUGAUUACCGGGACGCAACUAUCAUUUUUAAUAUUUGGAACAGCUGACGAAUCGAAGCGUUUUGUCGAGAGGUUUCAAGCGGGAUCAUUGCGGCAUCUUUGCAAAAGUUUUUAUACUGACGGAAAUUGGCAUUUUAUAUUGCGUCCACGACGCGUAAAAUAGUAUCAUUUUGCGUCUCAAAAAUAUCGGUGAAAACGUUAUACUCUGGAGCAGAGAGAGAGAGAGAGAGAGAGAGAGAGAGAGAGAGAGAGAAAGUAGAUGAUUUACAAGAACUAUACCGACAAGUGUACAUAUAAGAUUAAAAGCCUAUAUUAGAGAAAAGAGUGCUAUUGUGUGUUAUAUUUUAAAAGAAGAAAGAACUCCGUAAAGUGUAUAUAAAAAGACCGUUAAAAACAUUCAUCACAUUUUCGACAUUGAAGCGUCAAAAAGAAUGCUACCGCCGGCCGCCAUGCAUUUAGAACAAAGAAUGGGCAAUGACAGACCAGCAGUGGCUCCGUAUUACGAUCGACGCCCCGCAGCCGCGACAGGUGCUCCGGUGGGAGCUUUGCCACCCGCACCUCGAGCAUCCAGCAGUACGGACGACGAUCACAGCGGAUUAUCGGAGACGGAGAACAUCUCGCCGGAUACGUCGCCUGACAUUCGCCGGAAUCGUCACAACACUUCCGGCCAGGAUUCCUCGCGUAGGAAGCGCCGCGGCAAUCUACCCAAGGAAGCGGUGAAUAUUCUAAAGCGUUGGCUGAUCGAGCACAGAUACAACGCUUAUCCCAGCGAGAGCGAGAAGACGAAUCUCAGCGAGCAAACCUCGCUUUCAGUCCUCCAGGUUUGCAACUGGUUCAUAAAUGCCAGGCGGCGUAUUUUGCCCGAUUUAUUGCGCAAAGACGGCAAGGAUCCUCUCCAUUAUACAAUAUCGCGCCGCGCUCGUCGGACUGUGCAGGCUGGCGUUCAUCGACAGGGCCGAAGAUCUGAUUCCGACCUGAUCGAAGUACCGAGGUCCCAGAAUUGGGAUUUACACACCGUGGACAGGACGGCUGCAUCGGCGCAGCGUCUCGAGAGAGAUCACGAUUACGACGAGGAACAUACGUAUCGAAGUGAGGACAGCCCGAACGAUUACGAGAGCAGUCCGAACGAUUACCACAGCGAGGAAGAACGUCCUUCGAUACGAUGGCCCAAUGUAAUCGUUCGUCCCUAUGCGGAAGCUCAGGUCGAGCAGUUAGAUGGCGACGAUAUCUCUCAUCUUCCUGCUCGACGAAGGGAUGAUAACAAUUCCGACAGUUCUCACGACAACUCCAAUGGCGAACCUGCUGCGUAUUGGAGUGCCCCUCGAGAGCACCUUUCAGCAACGCCCAGUGUUCAGCAGCAGCAGCAGAUCGAGAUUCACUAUCGUGGUCUGCCGCCGCGGACUCUGGAGAACGCCUAUGCUCACCAGGAUAACGGGGAUUCCUUUAGAAUGCUCGUGGAGAUUGCUGUAGCCAGUCCAUAUGAGCCUUCGAGGCAGCGACCGCCCUCAACCGAUCCCUAAAGGAAUAGGAGGAAAGGCUUCCACCAUUGCCAGUGACAAGGACAACGAAGGAUGGAUGUCUCUCGCUUGUUGGGUGACUACCAGGAUACGUCGACGAAAAAAUUUAAUAAAUUUUUGAUUUUUCUUUCGUUGUCCAUAAAAAAAAUAAAAAAGAAAAAAAACAAAAAACGAAAAUUUAAAAAGAAACAAAAAAAAGAAACGAUUGUUAGACUUUAUAUAUUAAAUAAAUUGUUGAUCGCUCGGCAAUCGAUGUUCCUCGCGUUUGUUCACGAUAAUACCAGUACCAAAAUGAUGGCAAAAUCCGCCCGUUGGAUUUUUAUAUCGUGUGUCGCGUUUUAAGUUUUUAAACUAGCGUUACAUUUUUAAUUCUUGGAUUAGUCAGAUAGUUAAUAAUGAUGAUGUUUUGACGAUGAGUGCGGUUUUCUUUCCGUUCUUCGUUCCUGAAGCUAUACAUAAGGACGUUUAGUCCAUACCGUUACAUUACCUGAUCUUAUUAUAAAUAAAUUAUGCGAAAAGGAAGAAAAUUCUCUUUUGCGUCUAACAAAAAAACGGACAAACACGUGCGUGUAAUGCGUGCGUAUAUACGGACGUAAAAGAGGAUUUAUCAAUUUAACCGAAACCAGCGAGUGCCAAAGUGCUUAGCCCGAGCAUCACGAAACUCUGCCUUAAUUAAGAGAAAUAAGUCUGAAUAAUAUGUAUAAGCUAUUAAAGAAAAAAAAAACGAAAAAAGAGAACAAAAGUAACCGCACAAGUACAAAAGUUAUAUUCGCUCUUUGAGAAGUACGUGGUCGUACGUUAGUUAGCUGAAUAGAGAUAGAAAAUGAUCUACGCGGCAUCGAGACUAUAUUGUUUCUAGUAAUAGUGUUUCUCUGCUCACGAUAAUCUUUUGUUUUAACUCCGAUUUUUAUGUCCACAUAAAGAUAUAGAUAUAUAUUAUGUAUCGCAGUUUCUCGAAGUACAUUAUAUACUAUAUCUUUAUCUCUGUAAUAAUAUGUAAGUUGUUACAGACUUAUGAUAUAGCGAAACAAAAAAUUAAAAACAAUGCGAACUACAAAGACUGCGAAACGCUAAUUGCUGCUGAUAGUGCACAUGAUGUAGAGUAGAUCGAUAGAUCAAUCCGCUUUACGAAAUAGCGAAAACGAAUCUUUUUGACAGGAUAAUUUACAAUAAUGAAUAUUAACAUUUAUGUAAUUCUAUCAAUCAAGAUGUGAUCUCUCGUAUCCAUUCAAUCAUUUAAUGAUCACGGAGUUUCUCUUUCCGAUGAAAUUUUAACAAAGCUCUUUGAUUAUUUUGAUUAUUUCUGCAAUGUAAGUCGUUUUCAAAUUUCAUUAACAUUUAGAAAUAAUCUUAAAUAUUUUCUAUCAUCUUGACAUUUCGCAUUUGUCUCGUAUUGUAUAUUAGAUCAUUCUGAAUCAAAAUUAGCUCGAGCAAGAAAGAAAGAAAAAUAUAUGCCAGUAUAAUGCAUUUUCGCACAAUCGAUUGUAAAGUGCGUCAACGAGACACAGGCUAAGAUCUUAGAAAGAAGUAUGCAAAAAACCAAAGACUCUUAUUUUUAAUUACUAAUAAUUAAAUUGUGCGCUCAUUGCUCUUCGAAGUUGCGACAGUGUGAUGUUGCGAUUUUUGUGCAAAUGUUCCAAAGGAACGAAGUGAAUUCGCGAACUCGCCUGGAAAAGCUGCGUCCAGGCGAGCGCAUGGGUAUACUUGCGAAUUACACGAGUAAUCAUCCCAUUAGGAAAGCGCGUCGUAGACUCAAAAAGGCGAAUGUUCAUGGAUAAUGUUGUUAAUUGUACGAUUGAAAUUUAUUUUUUAAUACGACAUUUUCUUAAUGCUACUUGUUAUACAGUGAUAAGGGUAAUUUCUAUUAGAGGCGAAAAAAAAUUGCAAAGAGAGAGAGAGAAUAGAGAAUAGAUGAAAUUUAGCAAACGCGAGAAAGAAGGGGGCAACGGAGUAGAAAAAAUGAUAGCGAGAUACAUAAUAAAAUCUCGCCGUCAAUAUCGCACGACAAAGCGAAAAAUUCCCCAUAAUGUUUCGCAUACUUCCUCGUUACAUAUACGUACUAAAAUACUAUUUACCUAAUCUUGAUAAAAUGGCAUAGAGAUUUCUAUUUUCAAUUUCUUGACUACUUUUUAUUUGGAGCAGCUUUUUCUUAAUGUUGAUCUGGGGACAUAAAUACCAAGUAUCAUCGAAGAUGUGUAGAUUACUUCUUUCGUCUUCGCGAGACUAGCGCAUAUAUAUUUUCUUUUCGUUAUUUUUUCCUUUUUUAUUAUUUUUUUUUUCUUCCACCCCCUCUAUCGUUUUAACAAAAAUAACACAGUCGGUUUCACGUGCACUUUUUAAAUGUUUUGUUUGUUUAUUCCUUGUGUAUUUUUUCUCUUUUUUUUCUUUCUAAUAGUAAUUUCGGAAAGAGCCGACGAGCCGUGAGCCCGAAUUCGGUUGUGAAUUAAGAUUAGAGUGAUUGUUAAUUAUUCUUAUUAUUCUGAUAUUUACAAUCCGAACGAUGCACUAACACACGCCCGAUAUUAGUGCAGAAACUACACAGGGUGUUCCAAAAGAAUCGAAUUUUUGGACAAAUCUUAAAUCGAAAUUUCCUUAGCUAAAAUAUCGCAGAAAAAAAUUGUAAUUUAUGGCCAAUUUUUUAUUAUUGCAUUUAUUUAUGAUUAAUUUUUCACAUACACAUCUAUGGUACACAAAUAUAUUAAUAUUAUAUUCGCUAUUAUAUUCAUUUUCAUAAAAUUAAUUAAUCGCUGAAAAUUAAUUACUGAUUAUAUUAAAUAAUAUUUAUUUAUAUAUCAUGAAAUGAAUUUUCUCUAAGAACGGAUAAUAAUUCAAUUUAUAUUUCUUAAGAAUAUCUAAUAAAUCUUUAACAUCAAAUAUAUUAAAUUUUUAAUGAAAUUUUAUAUUUUUAGAAAUUCAAAGAUUUAUUUUCAAAAAUAGCUUUAAAAUAGUUUUAUACUUUUUAAAUUUUCAGCAUUGUAUAUCGUUCCAAAUAAAUUAUAAAUGAAAAUACUAUCAAAAUAAAAUCUAAACAAGAAAUAUUAUAAUUGUAAAUUAUUAUGCGCAAUAAUACUUUGCGUAAAUAUAAUAUUAUCUAUCUUUAUGAAACUUAGUUUUCGAGAAGUCUGGUUUGAAUCAUACAUAAUUUAUCCUGUGGCAUUUUUGCUGAGGAACUAUCGAUUUCAAAUUCUCACUCGUAAAAAAUUAGUCGAUAAGAUUGCAGGAAGAUAUCCUGGGUAAAUUAUUGUGGAUCACCGUACCUUUACAACGGAACGAUCACACUGCCAUGCCAUAGCCAAGUGUCUAAAUCUCCCUUAUUCGAUUCUCUUUUUUUUCUUUUUUUCUUUUCUUUUAGAGUGUUAUUGUCGAUCACAACUCUCAUAUAUUGAGCGCGUGCAGGAUUCGGAGAAUCACUAGGAAAUCGAGAGAUCCGACAGUUACUAUCGUACAAAAAAACUUAACGACCUAGAAUUAAGUGUGCCUUUUUACCGAGACGUCUCGACUCGCGAGAGGGAUGUCUUUGUUAGCGUAUAGAACUACGUACAACAUUACGUACAACAACGACAAUUCGCCAAGAACGUAUCUUAAUCCGCCAUUCGAGUUGACGGCGAACGGAGCUUCCUAUAGUGUUAUAUACAAUCGUAAUAUUGCUCACCCUCGUUAAAACGAGAUCUCUGGAAUAGAAUAAAGUCACUCUUUUUCGGAAUAUUAUCGGAAGGUACUUAUCGUGUGUUCGAUUAUAAUCUCUAAGUAGUCUAUCGAUCAUUCUCGAAAAUUCUUCACACAAGAAGAGAGAAAUUAGAUCAUGAAUAUAAAUCUUUUAUAUAUAUUCAUAGAAAUAUGUGUACUCGCGAUGAGAGAGGAACGGUCUGACUCGCUUUUCUCAAGACAAUUAAUCUCGAUAUUACACUUACACUGUGUGUAUGUGAUAACAAAAAUAUUAUCCUUCUCCCAUAUCUCAAUCGCAAAAUAAAACAAGAAAUUUUCGACCCGAUUUUUCGAGAUUUUCGAGAGAAAAGCGAGUUAAUCGAUCACGCCGAGCUCUCGAGAAAUUUUAUUCCUUUCGAAGAGAUUGUUAUCGAUUGCGUUAACGACAAAUUCCAUUGAACGUGCGAACUCGCUGCAAGAUGCACGAUAGCGAGAAAGGGAACUAGAGAUUCCGAUCGCUCGGGGCGAAAAAUUAUUAGAUGAUUCUGCGCCCUUAUAUAUCGCGCGACGAGGCAAUAUAAAUCGUAAAUAUCUUAUAUUUGGACGUUUUUUAUACACGAAAUGAAAUGAGACGGGAUGAGGAUUGUGCACAGUUCCGUCUGUUAUCCGGGCACACACAUAUACACACAUACAUACAGGAUCGACGCCGUGGACACAUGUAUACACACGUACGUGACAGAGAUGUCAGCCGUUAAUUAGCUGCACGAACCUGUUACGCGCGGGCAGUUUCACUCUCCGCGCCGAUAAGCAUAUCGCUCUACUACUUAGACAAUAACUAAUCUGUUAUUAUGUAUCGCGGUUUUAAGUUCGGCUCUUACACAAACACAUACAGAGACACACACCGUGAACUAUAUAGUAAGUGCCAUAUUAUCGACUUCUUAUUGUAAUUCGUACAAGUAUGAUAAGGUCCUACAUAGAUAGAUAUAUAUUGAUUUAAUAUUAAUUAUAUAUGUUUAAAACGUGAUACGCUACGACUAUAAUUGCGUAUAAUUGUUAUACGUAUACAUGUUGUUUUUUCUUUUUUCUCUCCUUCCCGUUUCGAUCGUAUCUUCGUACGUGAUGAUUUGUUCAAAUUAUGCGAUUUGUUAUGAAAGAGGGACUCGCGCGUAUCCGACGAGUCAUUUCUCGUAUGUGUCAUCCCUUCGAUGAAAGGUAAAAGAUAAUGUAAAAAAAGAAUUCUUUUUCGGGGGGACGCAGAUGGAUCUUCAGCGUGUGAGGAUCGCGCGAGCCUUUGAAGAUUUCAUUUAGGAUUAGUAUUAUCGUAUUAUGAAACCUCUUGUUCGUUCCACAGACAAAUCUAAUAAAAUAUGUUAAAAAACUUUUAA